AUGGUAACCAGCAGCGGGAAGGACCCCGAGAGAGCGAACAGGUUCGCCUGGAUCCUUCCUGCGUACCCCAUUCCGAAUUUCCAGCGAGAAUGGCUAGACUUGGCGGCUAAGCUCUUCAACACCGACACCUUGGACAUCCUUGUGACCUCUGGAGAGAAGAAGGAAAUUCUAGCGCUGAUCGCCCUCUCAAUCACAGCUUCCUCCUUCGGCAAUCAGUGCAGAGCGCAGGCCCUCCACAGAACUGUCUACCAUGCGCGGGAGAUGGGUCAGAGCAAGCGGCCUUCCGCCAGACUUGCCAUUAUUUCAGCCCUUCUCAUCUACAAGCUGGAGCCUCCGCCGUCUUGGCUGGAAUGGGAUACCAUGUUUUACUCGUCGGAGGGCAUGUUGAAGGCAGCUUUAGCGCUUCAAUCGGCAGUACCAGCACAAGACAGUUCAGACGGCUUCUUCUCUGCAUCGAAGGAGACAAGCACCAAAUCUUCCGAACCCUCUCAGCUCACUUCGGAUCCUCCCUCUCUGCCGGCUUUGAGACCUUGGACGCGCUCCAUCACCAAGUCCACGACUCCAUCCCCGCCAAGCAAGAAACGGAAGGCGGAAUCCAACUCCCCGGGAGAGAAGAAGGCUGCUCAGCAAAAGGAGAUGGCCAACGCGAAGAAGAUCAGGUCGGUUGGUCCGAAGAAGAAAGUCACCACUCCAAAGAAGAAGAGAAAGGGUGGGUCUGGAAUCAAAUCUACUGCACAAGUCAAGAGCCCCAAGGUCGGCGCGAAGACCCCGACACGAGCUGCCACAUCGUCUGCCAAGCUUUCUCCGACUCGACAGACUCGGAGCGCCGCAGCUGCGAAGCGACAGCAGCCGAUCGACAAUUCCGUCCGUCGUAUUGCCCUCGCCAGUUUUAUCGAAGACUUGAAGAGCUCAGGCUGGGAUGACUUGGAGAAGUGUACCUUGCAGCUCAUCAAAGAUGGGGACUUUGAGUCUCACAUUUUUCUGGCGAAGACGAUCAUGAAUGACGUUUAUCAGCGCAUCAAUGACUCUGUCGAAGACGUCCCGCAGCUCGCGCAUCCGAUACAGCCCAAAGAGCCAACAGAGCCCACACAGCAACCCAUGGAACGGCCCAUGGAAGUCAGGCAGCUAGCACAAUACAAUCCAGAGGAACAGCCUACUGAUACGCCGACAAAGAAGAGGAGUCGGCCCAGGCCUACGACGACCAAGCAAUCCGCCCAGACCAAGCAGCCCAAGAACACGAUGGAUCAGCAUAUCUCGCCGACAAAGCAAGGAAGUCAGCCUUUCAAAUUCUCUCCCAGCAGUUGCAUGUCUGAUGACGUGUUCAACGACACUUCUCCUGUACGCGGUGCGCCGCCUUCGGCCUCGGGUCUGCAGCAUCCAAACUUGGCUUCCCCGCCUCGCUUCAACAUUUCGCGAAAUACUAUUCAAGCGACUUAA